AUCACGAUGAGGACUGCAGUAAUAGUACUUUGUGCCUUAGCCGCCUUAGCUUCUGGUAGUUAUAUGACUUCUGAAGUCAAAUACCCAGAAAAAGAUUUCUUAGUAAAACAAGCUUUCGUCUUUGAAAUCUUGCAACACGUUCAUCAAGAUGAUGUAUUUAUUCACAAAUAUGAAGCUGGCAGAGAUUUCCAUUUUGAAGAAAAUUAUGACAAAUUCAAGGAAGUUCAAUUUGUUAAAGACUUCUAUGACUUGUGGGUACAUCAUCAUUUAACUGACGAUGAAAUCUUCAGCGUUUUUGAUGAAGAACACGUUAAAAUUGCUCAUUAUUUGGCUGGCGUAUUUGUAUUUGCUAAAGAUUGGGAAACAUUCCAAAAUGUUGCUUUAUGGGCACGUUUCCAUGUUAACAAACAAUUGUUCGUCUAUGCAUUCACAGUUGCUGUAUUACAUCAUCCAGAUGCUGCCGGCAUUGUUUUACCAUCAAUUUACGAAAUCUACCCAUACUAUUUCUUCAACUCAGAAACAAUCCAAAAAGCUCAAUUCUACAAGAUGCAUGGAUUCCACACCAUCAAGAAAGUUGAAGAUGUUUACCAACUCGUUAUCCAAAGCAAUUACACUGGCAAAUGGGGACAUUUCAAUGAUGAAAAUGUUUUGUCAUACUUCACUGAAGAUGUUGGCUUGAAUCAAUUCUACUAUUACUACAAUUUAGAUUAUCCAUACUGGACUGAAGGUUUGAAAGAGGCUCCCUUAAAGAAUGAUCAUCGUGGUGCCUUCUACUUCUUCCUUCAUUGGCAAUUAUUGGCUCGUUACUAUAUGGAACGCUUGUCACAUAAUUUAGGAGAAGUACCAGCAUUCAACUACUAUGAAAAAUUCGAUACUGGAUACCAUACUGGACUCCGUUAUUAUAAUGGUGUUUUCUUCCCCAACCGUGAUGAUUUCCAUCAUUUGUAUUAUGAAGAUAAUUAUUAUUUCGUACAUCGUGCUUCCGCUUAUGAACAACGUUUCUUUGAUGUUAUCGACACCCAUCAUGUACUCAAAAAAGAUUUUACCUGGUAUGAAAUGAAAUUCGAUACUUUCGAACACGAAAUGGAAUCUUACGACAUUUUCGGAAACAUGAUCCAAGGUACCGAAGAUUCAUACAAUGUUAAAUACUAUGGUGACUACGAUAGACUUGUACGUACAAUCAUCAAUGAUGGCAUUCCAUUCGGAAAACAUGGCAAUGUACUCCCAGGUGUUUUAAUGCAUUAUGAAACUUCAAUGAGAGAUCCAGCUUUCUACUCAAUGUACAAACAUAUUACACAAUUCUAUUGGGACUUUGUUGAACAUUUAGACUCAUACACCGAAAAAGAAUUAGGAUUUGAAGGUGUCAAAAUCGAAAAUGUUGAAGUUGAAAAAUUAGUUACAUAUUUCGAUGUUUUCGACUCUGAUAUUACAAAUGCUGUAGAUGUUGAAAUUUAUGAUGAAACCAAAGCAACAGAUUUCGUUAAAUUUGGACGCGUUGGAAAUUAUGAUGGUCAUGAUUUCUAUGUUAAAGCACGUCAAUACCGUCUCAAUCACUUACCAUUCAAAACAAAAUUGACUGUUACUUCAGACAAAGCACAAAAAGCUGUUGUUAAAUUCUUCAUUGGACCAAAAUAUGAUCAUUUGGGACAUGAAAUUCAUCUUAAAGAUAACUUCCAAAACUUUGUUGAAUUGGAACAUUUCAAAGUUGAUCUAGUUGCUGGCAAAAAUGUCAUCACUCGUGACUCAAAUGACUUCUCAUGGUUCGUUAAUGAUAGAACAACAUAUUUCGAACUCUACAAAAAUGUAAUGUUAGCUACAAAUGGUGAUUCACACAAAUUCCCAUUAGAUAUGUCAGAAGCUCAUUGUGGUUUCCCUAAGAGACUUAUGUUGCCACGUGGCAAAAAAGGUGGUAUGCCAUUCCAAUUCUAUUACAUUGUCUUACCAUAUCAUGCACCAAAAGUUGAACAAUUCAGUGGAUUCGAUCAAACACUUUCCUGUGGAGUUGGAUCUGGAGCAAGAUAUCUUGAUGCAUUACCAUUUGGCUUCCCAUUCAAUCGUCAUGUUGAUACUAAAUACUUCGAUCUUGAUAACAUGUACUUCUACGACACUAUGAUUUAUCACAAGACCGAAGCUGAUGUAAAUGCUGUUCAUUAAGUUAAUAUGUUGUAACUUUUGUAGAUAUAUAUGUUUUGAAAUUAGUAAAUCUUUUAUAAUAAAAAUGAUUAAAUGUAUUUAGAAAGAAA